GAGCUUGGCAAGUGUGAGAGGCCUGAGCUCCGGCAUCUUCGCCAUCCGCAACUGGGACUCACCGACAGUAUUGUCUACACGCGUCGGUGCAUUAAGCCAUUGCGAGACAGUUCCGACCGAGACGCCGUCACAAACAUCACACUUCCGCUUCUCACCAACAAGGCAACCAUCAACCUGGCUGCCUGCCCCAGGCUUGACCUCGGUCCUUGCGACUAUAUCUCCCUACAGGUCCCACCGCCCUACCCAGAGAGACAGUAUAGGCACCUCAUCUUCGGCGUAGCAUCCACGUACGACCGCGUAAGAGAGUCGCUCCCGGCACUUGCGCAUUGGCUAUCAGGAACCGGGGCGCAACUGGUCGCCAUUGUCAUGGACGGCGACCACUUGGGUGCAAACUACAAUCUGACGGCGCUGGAAGAGGAAUAUCGGCGAUGGGAAGUGAACGCCACGCUCCUAGCUCCCAGUAUGCUCAGACAUACCGAGUCACUGCACGGGGGUGACAAAGGGGGCGGGGGCGGGGGCGAGAAUGGCAGCCAGCGGAAGUCGAUAGAGCAGUACCACUUCCUGCUGGUACGAGAAAUGGUGGCCGUGGCGUCUCCCGAAACUAGGUGGCUCGGCGUUAUGGACGACGACACCUUCUUUCCGUCGCUCUACACACUCGACGCAGAGCUGGCGCAGCACGACCACACGCGCCCGGCCUGGCUCGGUGCCAUGUCGGACGACUUCAGCAGCAUCCGUGUCUGGGGAAUCAUGGCCUUUGGCGGAGCAGGGGCGUUUCUUAGUCUGCCGCUCGCACGCGAGAUCGAGCCGCUCUCGGAGCAAUGCAUCCGCGAGGCCCUGGCGCCAGCAACGGGCGACGGCAUCCUGCGCGACUGCAUCUACGCUAACACGCGCACUAAGCUCUCGCUCGUGCAUGGGCUACACCAGCACGACCUGCGGGGCGACGCGUCGGGCUUCUACGAGAGCGGCGCGCGGCCGCUGAGCGUGCACCACUGGAAGUCGUGGUACCGCGCGCCGCUGCCGCAGAUGGCGGCCGUGACGGGCGUGUGUGGCGACUGCUUCCUGCAGCGGUGGCGCUUCGGCGGCGACACGCUGCUCGCCAACGGCUACAGCAUCGCCCAGUACGGCGACGGGCUCGCCGACACGCUCGACUUUGCCCGCAUCGAGGGCACCUGGGAAUCCCCCGACAGUCACGACUACGACUUCAGCUACGGCCCGCUGCGGCCCCGCCUCACCCACCGCCAGAAGAAGAGCUAUCACCUGGUCGACGUGUCAGUC